CGCCUCCGCCCACUCAGCUCAACAAGAUCAAAUACUCCGGAGGUCCGCAGCUGGUAAAGAAGGAGCGUCGCCAGAGCUCGUCCCGCUUCAGUCUGACCAAGAACAGAGAGCUGCAGAAACUACCUGCACUCAAAGCUCAUCAAAGCUGCUUUUGCAUCUUUUUGGUUCAGUUCAAUCUAACUCAGGUGUGUUUGUCAAGUUGUGUCAUUUGUUCAGGUCUGAUGGAUGUGAAUUAAACUGUGGUGCAGAUUAAAUAAUAUAUUUUAAAGCUUGUUGACUUAGCAUCUCCUAGCAACUCUUAGCAUCCUCUUUUUUGUUUAACUAAUUGAGACAAGACUGUACCUAUCUCUUUCUACACACUGCUAUUACAUUGUGUUGCAGUCAUUUCGUAUAAUAGUAAAAUUCAAAUGUUCAUGAUCAGUUUGUCUUUGUGAAAUCCUUUCAGUCAUGUGACCUCUUGUUUGUGCUGUUGCUAAGUCUGUUUAUGUGGAGCUGAAGCAGAGCAGAACUAGCAGGCAGCAUUGAUUUAUUGAAGAAAAAACGUCUAAACUGUUUUUUCCAGAAGCUGCAGCAGUGAUGACUUUGAGUUUCUCAUUUAAUCCGUCAAAUCUGGCUGCUAAAAUAGUUUGUCAACACUUAGACAGGCAGGCGGCCACAGAGCUCAAGUAUGUUUUUUUUUGUUUUUCUGUGAAAAGACCAUCACACAUGCUGUCUACAGAUUUUCAAACACUUAAUGGGUCUGAGAAGGUUUUGAAAUGUGGGAAAUCUGUUUGGCUGCCCUUUCUGUUUGUGAAAGCUGUCAGCAGAUGUUCUCCUGUGAAGUAACUUACUUACAAUGAGCUGAGCUUUCCUUUCUAGUGGGGACCAUGAUUGUGUGAAGCCUAGUCUGCUCAUGUGAUGUCGGCUCAUUUCCACUUCUCCUCCUCAGACUCCCCCCUGGUUGAUCGUGAAGAGCUUUUUGUCCAGAAGCUGCGUCAGUGCUGCGUGCUGUUCGACUUUGUCAGCGACCCGCUCAGCGACCUUAAAUACAAAGAAGUGAAGAGAGCGGGACUCAACGAGAUGGUCGAGUACAUCACACACAACAGUGAUGUGGUGACGGAGUGCAUCUACCCUGAGGCCGUGCUGAUGUUUUCAGUAAACUUGUUUCGAACUCUUCCUCCGUCCUCCAAUCCAACCGGAGCUGAGUUUGAUCCUGAGGAGGACGAGCCGACCCUGGAGGCCGCCUGGCCUCACUUGCAGCUUGUUUACGAAUUCUUCCUUCGCUUCCUGGAGUCCCCAGACUUCCAGCCAAAUGUUUCCAAAAAAUACAUUGACCAAAAGUUUGUUAUGUCGCUGCUGGAGCUGUUUGACAGUGAGGAUCCCAGAGAGAGAGACUUCCUCAAGACAAUCCUCCACCGGAUCUACGGCAAGUUCCUCGGCCUCCGUGCCUACAUCCGCCGCCAGAUCAACAACAUCUUCUACAGAUUUAUUUACGAGACAGAACAUCACAAUGGCAUUGCUGAGCUUCUGGAGAUACUGGGCAGCAUUAUCAAUGGCUUUGCUCUACCACUCAAAGAAGAACACAAGAUGUUUCUGAUCCGGGUUCUGCUGCCACUUCAUAAAGUCAAGUCUCUGAGUGUCUACCACCCCCAGCUGGCGUAUUGUGUGGUCCAGUUCCUAGAAAAAGACAGCGGUCUGACUGAGCCGGUGAUCAUGGGUCUGCUCAAGUUCUGGCCAAAGACUCACAGUCCGAAGGAGGUGAUGUUCCUGAACGAGCUGGAGGAGAUCCUGGAUGUCAUCGAGCCAUCAGAGUUCGUCAAAGUCCAGGAGCCGCUCUUCAGACAGCUCUCCAAGUGUGUGUCCAGCCCUCACUUCCAGGUGGCAGAGAGAGCUCUGUAUUACUGGAACAAUGAGUAUAUCAUGAGCCUUAUCAGUGACAAUGCUGCCAAGAUCCUCCCCAUCAUGUUCCCUGCCCUCUACAAGAACUCCAAGAGCCACUGGAACAAGACGAUUCACGGUCUGAUCUACAACGCUCUGAAGCUCUUCAUGGAGAUGAACCAGAAGCUGUUUGAUGACUGCACACAGCAGUAUAAGGCUGAGAAACAAAAAGAGAAAUAUAAGCUGAAGGAGAGGGAGGAGAUCUGGCACAAGAUAGAAGAGCUGGCCAGACAAAACCCUCAGAGCAAUAAACUUCACCCUCUCCGCCCUGGACUCCACCCACAGGACGAGUACAUGCUGUACAGUGACAGUACUACUGUGACUGUGUACUCCAUGGAAACAGAGACUCCAACGGCUGAAGACAUCCAACUGCUAAAAAAGACUGUGGAGAGCGAGGCCUCUCAGGGUACGAAGGAUCUGAAGAAGGACAAGGUCCUGAUGAGGAGGAAGUCGGAGUUGCCGCAGGACGUCUACACCAUCAAAGCUUUGGAGGCUCACAAAAGAGCAGAGGAGUACCUAACAGCCAAUCAGGAGGCUCUCUGACCGGGGGAGGCGGCCCCCUCUGAGCCCAACUCAACCCCGCUCCAGUAUGGUCUCUCUGGGGAGGAAGUUAAAGCUGUCAUGGAGAAACUGGUCCUGGGUCAGAUCAGGAUGGAGCUGAUGCUGUGUUGGAAAGAAAACAAAAAAAAACUACACCUCCUCACCUCUGACCCCUGGUGGCCAAUCACAUGUAGGACACUGUAGAAGCUGUUUGUCCCAAGUGCUGUCUCAGUGUUUCAGUGGUCACAUGACGAUGACAUCAUCAGCUUCAUGUUGCACUAACACCUUCACCUGCAAAUACCUGCUGCUGUCUGUUUUCAACCAGUGCAGUUGGGACUAGCUCUUUGACCUGAGAGACAGAAGCUCCUGAAUGCAUCACAAAAAGGCCUUUUCCAAUGUAGUGACUUAACCACCUAAGAACUACUGGAUGGUCUGGGUCUGAGUCUGCUUUGUGUCCAUCAGGCAUCAAAAUGUACCAAUUCAUCUUUUUUCCAGCCUCCGUCCAAAUGCUGGUUUACAUGUUGGAUCCUUUUUUGAGUUGUUUGCUGACUGUUAUGUUAUGCAUUCAAACAGUGAUGGAAACAGAAAGUGUCCUUUUAAUGGCUGCAGUUUGCUUUUCGGCAGGAACUGAAGCAGCAAGACGGUUUAUAGAGAAACAUGCAGAUGUUUAGAAAUGGCAUGUAAACAAGAAACAUCAGGAGUAGCUGCUUCCUCCUACUAAACCAUCAUAAAACCAGACCUUUAAAACCUUUGAAUGACACAAAGUGACACAGAGAACCCAGAAACUUCCAGGAUCAGUUUCUGAGAUGAUCCGUUUCCUGCAGUUGGAAAAAGCUCCAACACAUCAUGUCUGUGCUAUGACACCUAAACACAGCACCUGUGAUUUCACUGCCUCGCUUGGUCCUCCUCACACAAGAGCCCCGCCCCCUCCACUUGACGUGAUCACUGAUCUGUCAGCAUGGACCUGAGGUGGACUGCGGGCUGAAGCAGCUUCAGAUGGACUGACGAUGAAGAUGAUGGUAAAGACGGGGAGACACAUGAAUGUAGACGUCCAAUUAAUUCCAGCAGGACCAGCAGGAACCAAUUGAAUAAGAGCUUGACUCCAACUGCUUCUUAUUUCUUAUUUCAUUUUACUGUGCGAUGAUCAUGAUGUCAUCGUGUUUAAACCAAUGAGAGAAGCUGUUUGCACGAGGAAAUCAUGUCAGAAACUGCUUUAGUGUUAUUUUGUUGUUCAAAAAACAAAACUUUCAAUAUGAAUGUUUCUGUGUGUAGCCAUGUCUCGUCAGGUCGACACAACAAAAGGCGUAGAGGUUGUAGGAAAUUAUGCAAACAGUUAAAGAAGCUUCUGGUCUUAAUGUUUGGGUGUGUAAGCACAACUCUCUCAUAACAAAGACACAAUAUGAUGAGUUUGAAUGCUGUUAUGAGAUCUCUGGUCAGUUGUCCUCCCUCAGGCUGAAGCUGUGACAGGUUCAGACCUGUAAUUCAAGAAGAUUUGAAUAGACUGGCACAGAGAGUUAAACAGAUGAAAGUAACUGAACGUAGAGUUGUAGUACUCAAAAUCAGUCUAGAGACCAUGUUUGAAGGUCUCGGUCUAGACUCGGAUGAUUACGGCCGCAACCUUAAUGGUGUUUUAACAUCUAAGUAAGUGACACGUGACCCGCUGCACACAAGUUGAUGAUUUUUCAGUGAUUUUAAUGGUCUUGUCUUGGCCUCAGAGCACCUCAAUGACCCCAUGUCUGGUUUGACGGGAGAAAUGGUUAAAAAUUCAGAUUAUUUCAAAAAGCAAGCAACAUGUCAUGUUCUCUAUCUACUGUAUAACCAUCAAUCUUUAUUUGUAUAGCGCCAAUUCAUAACAAAUGUUAUCUCAAGACACUUUACAAAAAGAGCAGGUAAAAGACCUUACUCUUUGUUAUGUUAUGUUACAAAGACCUAACAUUAAUCCACCAUGAGCAAAGUUACAGUGUGAAGAGAAAAACUUACUUUAAAAAGAGGCAAGAAACCUCAAGCAGAACCAGACUCACAAUGAACGACCAUCUGCCCAAACAGUGUUGGGCUUGGAAUGUGGGAUAGAGGGAGAAGCAAGAGAGUGGAAUUAAGACCCAUCAGGUCUGGGAAACCUAAACGUUUCAGAUGAGAGUUCACUAUUCUGGUCACCUCACAGCUGAAUUUAAGAUUAAAGUAUUUCAGAGUCUCUCCAUCAUGUUUUGCUGCCUGCAGACUCAGAUUCCCAUGAUCCUCUGCUUUUUACAAUCAUUUUACAUGUAAAAUGCUGCGUCACAUUUUUGGUCACAAUGUCAUAUUAGAGAAUCUAAAAAAAAAAAAGUCAAGCCAUUUACUUACAUAAAUUAUUAAGAACAUUAAGAACAUGACAUCAUUUUGUUUAGGAAAUUAAAUCAGAGUGUCAAUAAAGUGCCCUCAGUAAAUACAAACAAUAAAGGUAGUACAAAGUGCUUUUCUUAAUUUAAACAUUAAUAUGUUUGGAGUUUUUUUAUCUCAACCCCCAAGUCUAAAAACUGUCAUCCAAAUGAUUUAAUUUUAGCCUCUAAAAAAGGUGAAUGUCCUAAAAGCACAAAUUCUCUAUUACAAAUCAUUCCAAAAUAAUGCUCAAGUGCAUCCUGGGAAAAACACACACAUAAUGCAACUUUUUAAAUUUAAAGAAAUGUAAACUACAGGUUAAUCUAUGCUUAAGUACCCACUCUUCUCUGUACUUGUUUUUAAUUAACAUUAUUUUUUUAUAUUGUGACACUGACCCAUCUCACCUUACUGCAUCACUGAACCUAUCAGUAGAACAGCUGUGAAGCCGUAGCACAGAUUCAGUUGUCCCUAAAGAAACAUUCACAGACACUUUAACGUAAAUAUUUUAAAAGAUAAUGUCUCUCAAUUCUUAAGGUGGCUCGUGUGGAGAAGAGAGAUGGAAUUUCUGCGUGUGGUUUUUUGUUGUACUAUGACUUUGGCUCUUUGCCACGCCCCCUCACACAGACCACACCCACCAUAAUGCCGAAGCCUUUAUUCUUUAAUUUGUAUUUCUGUGUUCAUGCUGUUUUUAACUAUUUGAACAUUCCCCUUCUACAGUUUGUCUUGUUGCCAUCAUGUGAUUUGCUGUCAAUUUAAGACUAGUCUUAAAGUGGAGUAGACCUUCCCAACAUUCUCGAUGGCGCCAGGCGUCAAAUCGUAACAAUAAUGAAAGGCAUAAAGCCUAGUUAUAUGUUUAUUAGCAACAUGUUCACACAUGACUUCCUUAAGCGCCCACGAAGGUUCAUCGAGCAGGGAGCAUGUCUAAAUUGUUCCUGACCGACACCAGAAUCUUUAAAGAACUCGUGGUUAUCAACAGAAAAUGGAGUAGUUUCUGUUGUUACGUUUAAGAUCUGGAUCAUUCAGCUUCUUAUUUCCCACUCGAGAAGAAGGAAAAAAAUCAGAGGGUUUAAGUUUCUUGUGUCAAAAAGUGAAAUGUCAAAGGAUAUUUAGUUGUACCCUGCAACUAUAAGAGCUGACGAGCUGAAAUGACAACUUAUUGUGAAGCUUCUGUCAUGUAGCUCCUCUGCAUAAACAUCUGAGAAAUGACAAGUUAAAGUUUUAAGACACUAACAGUGCUAUAAUCUGGUGACUCUCAGGUAAUUAAAACCUAAUUUGCCUUCUAGGCAGACAAAGGAAACCAUCCUCCAGUUUUUAAUCUCCUUGUAUCCCAAACUCACCCCAACCCAAAUCUGUUUAGCAGAAUAUCAUAUCUGUGAUGUUGUGGUGUUUGACCACAGCAGAGGCUGCAUAUGAUCUGAACAGUUUUCAGCAGUUCUCUCUCAGAUCAUCUUAUUCCUAGAUCAAAAAUUACACGUUUGAUUCCUGAAAACUUAAGACGAUGGAGACUUUGCAAAUGCUCAGAACAUGAUAAAUCUAUUUUCCUAAACAUUGUGAGGAGCUCUAAUGAAGAGAGGCUGGACACAAAAGGUCAAAGUAUUUGAUGAAAGAAAAAAAGAAACAUGGCGGUGAUCUCUUCACUCGAGUCCUGACACGUAAACCUGAACGCUGCUUCCUGUCAUCUUGUACAUAUGUUGUACUUUAAUUAGAGCAUUACAUAGUGUGAAAGUGUGAUUUUGUACAGAUGCUGAUGUAUGUACAGAACAAAAUACAAAGAAAUAAAGAGGACAUGUUUGACAAUCA